AUGUUCUCCAUAUCGCCCCGUCUUCACAUUCGUCAUCCCUCUCCAACGACCGCCGAAUUUACUGUAACGAAUCUUCGACCGCUUCCGCCAGCUUUGCAUACACUCAUUCUUCUCUGUCGCGUCGUCCUCUCCAUCUUCACCCUUCUCCUGCUUCAUGCGCGCCUGACUCUCCACCCAUUGCUCGUCUACGCUGCGCCAUCUCUUCUGAAGAUCCUGCCAGCUUCUUACCUCCGCGCACCAACCUCGAUAGCCGCCCUCGCACAGAACAUACCCCUGUCCGUCCUCGUUCCCGCCAGUAUAGCUGUGCUAUGGCUAUCCAGCCGAAGGGGUUAUGCGAGCGAGAGUAUUUUGGUCAUGAGAGGCUUGGGUGUGCAAACAAGUGAAAGUCCCGGAAGCUACCUUGCUGGAACGGCGACAAGGUUCAUACCUACCGAAAAGAUCCAAGAUAUUCUUGUGAACGAAGCGUUCCUUGGGUUCGAAGUCAGGUACUACCUCAUUGUCAUUGUUGAAGGUGAAGACGACGUCGUCGUCGUGUUUCCGGGCCUAUUACCACGGCGAAAAAUUGUGGAGGAAGUAUGGAGAGGUGUUAGGAGGUGCUUGUACGAGCAGAGAGGAGAGGAUAAAGUACAGAGUUGA